GGGCGAGUGCAGUGCCUGAGUCGACCUGUGGAGUCGACCUGUGCCAACAAACAGCACAUGGUAGUCAAUGACUACCUCCAAGAUGUAGAGUGUUGUUUCCCGUACGCGGGAGGGGACUUGAGACAUCGUGUCUCGUUCCUAGUGAGUGACGAGCUCCCAAUGGACAUGUUACUAGGUAUGUACUACCUCUCUGUAGCACAGCCCCAGUUUGACUGGGACCGAAAAGUGGUCAAACACAACAUGCCAGGUGGAGGGACCGCCAGAUUACAUAAGUUCAAAGCUAGUGGUCUGAUUGAGUCCUAUGGGUGCAUGUGUGCGGCCGCAUUCUACAAGUAUUAUAAGCAAAAUCAGGAGGAGGGUAUGUAUUAAGUCUAUGUCUCUGCUGCAGGCGAGCCGGUGAAAAUGCCCGGAGAUAGAGGGAUUAGUAUUCCGAAGGGUAGGAUCUAUCGGAUGUCUCCAGACGAGCUUGAUGAGCUUCGCCGCCAACUCAAGGAACUCGUAGAGAAGGGUUGGAUCUGGUCGAGUGUCUCUCCUUAUGGGUCUCCAGUUCUAUUUGUGCCUAAGAAGAAGGAGGAUACUCUUAGGAUGUGCAUUGACUAUAGGGGCCUCAAUGCCAUCACUGUAAAGAACAGAGAGCCCCUACCGUGCAUCGACGAUUUGCUAGAUAGAGUGCAAGGGUGUCGGUACUUCAGUAAAAUAGAUAUGAAGUCCAGGUACCAUCAGAUUGCAAUCCGGCCCGAGGAUCAACACAAAACCGCCUUUCAGACCGGGUACAGUCGGUACGAGUUUGUGGUGAUGCCUUCCGGCCUUUGCAAUGCUCCUGGCACCUUUCAACACACUAUGAAUCGGAUAUUCCAUGACUACUUGGAUAAGUUUGUCAUCGUGUACCUCGAUGACAUACUUAUUUUUAGUAAGACUGUCGAGGAGCAUGUUGCACAUUUGGACAAAGUCCUCAGUCUCCUGCGACAGCACAAGUUCAAGAUCAACGGUGAGAAGUGCGAGUUUGACCGCACCCCUGUCUUGUACUUGGGUCAUGAGAUCUCCGCGGAAGGGUUGAAGCCUGAUGACGCGAAGGUGGCCAGCAUUCGUGAUUGGCCACGUCCUCAGUCUGUGACUGAGAUGAGAUCUUUCUUAGGAAUGACAGGCUACUACAAAACUUUUGUAAAAAACUAUAGCAUAGUGGUCGCUCCUUUGACCGAUAUGACCCGCCUUGACACCCCGUGGGAGUGGACAGAUGAGUGCGAGGCUGCUUUCAGACAUCUGAAGCAUGUGUUGACGCACUAUGAAGUCUUGAAACUUCCUGAUCCUCACAAGCCGUUCAUAGUCACUACGGAUGCCAGCCAAUAUGGCAUUGGCGCCGUGCUCGCGCAGCAGGAGGGGCCAAAGUUGAGGCCAGUCGAGUACAUGUCGAAAAAGAUGUCGUCUCAGAAGUUGGCAAAGUCCACCUACGAGAAGGAACUCUACGCAGUGUACAAGGCUCUGACCCAUUGGAGACACUAUCUCCUAGGGAGAUUCUUCAUCUUCAGGACUGAUCAUCAGACCCUGAGAUGGAUGAGAACUCAGCCCGUACUAUCGGACGCUCUGAAGCGUUGGAUCGAAGUCAUUGAGCAAUAUGACUUCGACCCCCAGUAUCUCAAAGGGGAGUACAAUAAGGUGGCUGAUUCCUUGUCGCGUAGACCUGACUUUUCAGGUGCGCUGAUUACUGAGUUCGAUCUCACGGACAAUGUUACUCGCUCUUUGGUGGAUGCCUAUCGCGAGGAUCAGUUCAUGUCUGAGAUCAUAGGCAGACUCCAAGCAAAGGACAAGAAGACCUCUGCUGAGUUUGAGUUGGUCAAUGGAUUGUUGUUCCUUGAGAAGGACGGGAAUAAACGAUUGUGUGUCCCAAGUAGCGAGUCUUUGUGUACUUUGUUUUUAGGCGAGUGUCAUGAUGCCACCGGCCAUUUUGGGUAUAAAAAGACCGCAGCCAACCUGCUGCAGCGGUUCUGGUGGCCCACGAUGAUGCGAGAUGCUCAGCUGUACGUGGAGACUUGUCAAGUUUGUCAACGGGACAAGCCACGUACUCAGGCUCCUCUUGGGCUUCAGAAGCCCCUUCCGAUUCCGGAAUGGCCUGGUGAGAGUCUGUCCAUGGAUUUCAUGGAUACUCUGAUUACCAGCAAGAGUGGGAUGCGUCACAUCUUCGUCAUCGUGGAUAGAUUUAGUAAGUAUGCUAGGUUAAUAGCCAUGCCGGAAACAGCAAAGACGGAGUAUGUGAUUAGAAUGUUUAAAGAAAACUGGGUCAGGGACUUUGGUCUACCAAAGUCUAUUAUUAGUGACAGAGAUGUCCAGUUCACUAGUGAGUUGUGGAAGGCCGCUGCUGCAGAACAGGGAACUCAGUUGCAGAUGACUUCUGGGAAUCACCCAGAGGCCAACGGUCAGGCUGAGCAACUGAACCGCGUUGUGCAACACCUGUUGAGGCAUUACAUCAAGCCCAACCAGGUGGACUAGGAUGAGAAGCUUGCUCUCAUCACCAGCUUGUACAACAACGCUGUACACAACGCCACCGGGGUGAGCCCCAACAACUUACUGCUAACAUUCAAGCCUAGACUACACCUAGACUUUCUUCUUCGUGAGAAUCAAACCACUGCUGCACCAGGUACUUUGGAAUUUGCUUACCGCUAUGAACAGAAGAUGCAGCAGGCUGUAGAACAAAUGCAGAAGGCGCAG